CUGCAGACAGACUGCAGACAAAAGUCAUCUCUUUGAGCAGAGAGACCAGAAAUUUGAAAGAGCUCACAGGUAAAUUUAAAAUUUUAAUUGGGGCAGAUACCUCAGCUGUAGGAAACAAAAAAACAGUUAUGGGAAACAGGACUGUUAAAAAAUGCUGUGCUGCAUAUCCCUGUCUUUUUUUGGGGCUUCUAUAUUUGUAUUGGUCUAAGGGAGUCAUAGGACAAAGCUUGCAGGAGCAGGACGGUGUGUGCAACGCUGAGGGAUGCUAUUCAAUUCAUCUCCAGCGAAAGACAUUCAGGGAGUCCUGGAGGAGCUGCAGGGAAAAAGGGGGGAACCUGGCUACCAUUAAAGGACCAGAAGAAGCUUCCAUGAUCCAUGACCUCCUAUCGUCAGGAGACAGACGUGGCUCCCGGCCCAGAAUCAGGCUGUGGAUUGGCCUUCAGCGACAACCUCGACAAUGCUCGGCCACACGCCCUUUGAGGGGUUUUACCUGGAUCACUGGGGAUCAGGAAACACAGUAUACAAACUGGCAACGCGAGGACGUACCCAGUGCUUGCGCUGCUCAUCGUUGUGUGGUCAUUAUCUACAACACGGCUGACAAAGGUGGCAACGACAAGAACAACUUCAAAUGGCUCGAUGGAUCUUGUGCGGUGGCCGUGGAAGGUUUCCUCUGCCGCUACACCUACCAAGGGAUGUGCCCAGCUCUUCAAAAAGAAGGAGGGGGUCCUGCACUGUACACCACUCCGUUUGAACUGGAAAGUACUAUUCUUACUGACAUCCCUUUUGGCUCUGUGGCAACUCUUCCUUGUCCUGACGACGACAAGGAAGACCAGUCAGUCCUGUGCAUGCUGAGAGAGGACGGAAGCAUUGGCUGGUCGAAGGAUGCACCGCUCUGCACUCCAACAGACUGGUGUGAACAGGACAAUGGUGGCUGCGAGCACUUCUGUGUGAGCUCAGAUACCCAGUAUCACUGUGAGUGCUCUGACAAUUAUAUUCUGGCAGAAGACGGAAAGACCUGCCAGCUCGCAGAUCCCUGCCUCAGUGCUAACUGUGAGUUUGACUGCGAGUCCACUCCUCAGGGACAUCGCUGCAAGUGCCUGGAGGGGUACCUCCUGUCUGUUGAUGGUCAGAGUUGUCUUGAUAUAGAUGAGUGCUUGCAGAAACCUUGCCCGCAGGAAUGCAUCAAUGCACCUGGUACGUUCGAGUGUAGGUGCAAUGAGGGAUACCUUCCAUCUGAGUUUGGAGAAUGUGUGGACGUGGACGAAUGCAUGGAAGGAAAGUGCGUUCAUAUUUGUGACAACUUGCCUGGUUCCUACACGUGCCGAUGUCACGAGGGAUUCUCUCCACUUGAAGAAGAUCCGGAGCAAUGCAAAGACAUCGAUGAGUGUAAAACUCCAGACAUUUGCUAUCAGUUGUGCAGAAAUUAUGAAGGUGGAUUUGAGUGCCUUUGUGAGGAAGGUUAUGUGUUGCAGGAGGACAACUACUACUGUUUGCCAGUCGAAGAGGAUGAACCCUUGAUUGUUGAUUCAACUUAUUCAACAGUGACUGAUCCCGGCUUGCCAGAGCCGAUGACAGAUGCCAACCUUGUGGAGUCGGCAAGCCCAGAAUGGCAUACGACUUACCCGAACUGGUUUACGGAGAAGACACAGAAAGAAGAUGUGACCACACAGGAACCUGAGCAUGCAUCUUCGAAUUCACCUUCAUCCAACUUUUUUAUGGAUGCUACAACUUCAGCUGAUUCAUAUCAAGAGGAUGCACAUGAUCAUAAACUAUCAAGAGCAAUUGGUGAUUUGGAAGAGAUGAAGACAUCUGUGCCGAAGAGAAAAUGGGAUUUUGUCACGCUCACUCCUCCAACAUUGCAAAUACCAGAAGAUACGCCGGCAUCAGAAACAGAACAGCAUCCAGGUGACAGGAAGAAACAUGAUAAAAGCUGGAUGCUUGUGGCACUGCUGGUAUCACUAUGUGUUUUUAUUGUGGUCAUGUUAGCGUUAGGCAUUGUUUACUGCACAAGUUGUGCUGUAGAGCAACGGAGCAAAAACGUCACAGACUGUUACCGUUGGACCACCACCCCCAAGCCUGAAAAAUCAAGUACAGCAAAAUCUCGAGCUUGAGAAAUGUACAGUUGACGUGACUCUUUACAAAAAAAAAAAUCAGCAAUGACCCUGGACUUCGUCAGGCUGUUUUGGUGUGAUCACACUGAUGUCACUUUGGUAUUCUGAGAGUUCCUGUGGGAUACAGGGGCAAAAUAGUCUCUCGGUGCACCAUUUAACAUUCAAACAUUCUUUUCAGACACCGGAGAGAACAUCAAGAAUUAUUUUCUAAAGGAAUUGGAGCAGUAACCCCCAACGUGUAGAAGAGACAUUUUGUGGAAAGCGGGACAUAGCAAACUGAAUUUAGCAUGCAUCCCUUUUUCAUAUAAUACAAUGAAUGAGAAUUUUUAUGAAGCCUACCAGUAGAAAUAAAAAAAUGUACAUAUAAAAUA